ACAGUGUGGAAUGAACUGCUUGUCGCAGGUCUCAUCAUACACGGCCGCGAUUCUCCGAACGACAGGUCGUUCUCUGUACGCACCUUGGAAGCGAAAAUCGAACGUCCAUGCCGCGGUGAAGCUAAUCAGCUUCGAACCGACCCUUUCGCGGUUCCGGACUCAUCUCUACUCGUCUCAGAGCAAAGCGACGUCGUCUCGGCCGCGGAAGAAGAAGUCAGUUAUGGACCCGCCGGAGAAGGACGCGUUCUAUGUGGUCCGCAAAGGAAACGUCGUCGGUGUCUAUAAGAGCUUGGCCGAUUGCCAAGCUCAGCAGGGCUCUUCGAUAUGUGAUCCUCCUGUUAGUGUGUACAAAGGGUACUCUAUGCCUAAGAAAGAUGAGCAGUAUUUAGCUUCCUGUGGACUUCAGAAUGCGCUUUAUACGAUUUCGGCUGCCGAUAUGAAAGAUGAGCUGUUUGGCAAGCUUGUGGAUUGUCCUGGUCUAGAUCCGGCAGCUGCAGAAGGCGAAACGUCUGGUAAGACUGCAGCCAAAAAGAGAUCCCACCAAGAGGUUGAAUCAGAAAAUGUGGAAGUAAUUGGUGCAGCUUCCGUAUCAGACACUCCUUCCAGAAAGCAGGCCAAGAAAAAGGCUGAAGUUGAAGUUCCCCCUUUGGGUCGUGGCUGUACUCUUCAAUUUGAUGGCGCAUCAAAAGGAAAUCCUGGGACAGCUGGUGCUGGAGCUGUACUGCGAGCGGAUGAUGGAACAUUGAUCUGUAAACUACGUGAAGGUCUGGGUGUUGCAACCAAUAAUGUUGCCGAGUACCGAGCUGUUAUUUUAGGGUUGAAAUAUGCGCUUGAAAAAGGUUUUUCCAGGAUUUUUGUUCAAGGCGACUCCAAACUUGUUUGUAUGCAGGUUCAGGGGUUAUGGCAGGUGAAAAACCAGAACCUGUCUACUUUGUAUGAAGAGGUGAAGAAACUGAAGGAUAGAUUUGUUUCCUUCAAGAUCAGUCAUGUUCUUAGGGAGCUAAAUUCUGAGGCAGAUGCUCAAGCGAACUUGGCAAUCACUCUUGCUGAUGGUCAAGUCCAGGAGGAGUGUGACAAGUAGUGGAAGCGAUAGUCUGUUACUGGUCAUAUUCUGGGUGCCAAUGAAAAACCUCAAUGAGUUGAGGAUUCUUUGUCUUCCCUCUGAGUAUUAAUCUGAGAAUGUGGCUUGCUACUAUAUGACCUCUGGCAUAGCAUUAAACAUCGCAAGGCUUGAUUUAAAUGCAAAUCUGAAGCUUCUGUGGAUGUAGAGCCAGGUACACAAGGAUCAAAUUACUCUGUUACACUGGUGACAUUCAGAUUGAGAAGCUACUUACUUUUGAAAAGGAAAUAUGUAGAAUUCCUGUUUAUAGAGGGAACGAUGGGAGCAGAAUAUGAAAACUAAAACUAGCAUUAUUAAUAGAUUUUUCAUUUUGCAAC